UGUGUCUACUAUCUAACAGACAGGUAGCAAAGAUAAGACAGCAUCAUGCCUUAUUAAAUGCACUGUCGACCUUGUCUACUGUACUGGCCUUUGCACCCUCAGAAAAAAUUAUUUGGUGCAGCAGCAUGUGAUAAGUAUUUCAUGAAAAGGAACGUUUAUUUAUUUGUCUACUUUAGAGUAUUUUCCACUUGUUUUGAUAUGUGUUAUUCUUCUAAAGCAUCGGCGUAUAUUUUAGAGCGCAGUAAGACCUCGCUGUUUCCUUCUCUUUGUCCGCGUGAGUUUAUUAUUCGCUGUUAGUUAGCGGGACUAAAGGUGGGCGUGCCCAUAGGUGGCAUGCAAUGGUUCACUGCCACUCUGCUGCAUAGAGGUUAUUUACCUUUCAGCCUUAAACGAAACGCUUAUCGUGAACACUGACUUCUCAAGAUGAAGUGCCCAGGUUGUCGCCAUACUAUUUCGGAGAAGAACGCCAAGUUUUGCAGUGAGUGUGGCCAUAAGCUAUCUGUUCAACCUGCAAACACUCAGGAUACAGGAGAUGAGCCCAAACCCUUGGUAGCAGACUCAGAAGGUACAUCAGAGAAAUCAGUUUCAAAAAAUGAGUCCAAUAGAUCCCCCAAACGACCAAAUGAUGAGACCAUCAGCAACCCAAAGAAAAAGAAAAAGAAGAAGAAGAGGAACAAAAAGAAGAAAGAAGGCCCCUUGUCAUCAGACCAAGACAUGUCUCAUGUCUCACUGGGAGACAGCCAAGGAAAGAAGACUCAGGGCGGGCCAGACUCUUCUGAGAGUGAAAGCUCAGAAAAUGCAAUGGAUGACACACCAGAGUCCCUCCAAGAUGGGCCCUCCUCACUAGAGAGCCAGCCUAGUUCAGUAGCAGCUGACAUUCCUGCGGGCCCUUCUGAAGACAAACAAGAGGUUCAGAGUGAAAUGGAGGCUUUAGCAUUAGAGGCAAGAACUCCGAUUCAUUCUGGGGACGCUCCAGGUAUCACUGUUGAGGGAGAGAGCAAUGCACUGAAAUCAGCUCAGGAUCAGGCUCUCAACACAGCACCAGCUGACACUCAGACUCCCAUCCAAGAAGACAGCAAGAGUGAGAGCAAGACAGUAGCUUCUCAGGCAGGUUCAGGCAAAGGGAACAAGGCAACAAACCUACAAGAUGAAAAUACUGAAAAGAAAGGCUCAAAGAAAAGGAAAGACUUGGACACCAAUAAACCACCUGCAAUGGACCAGAAUGCCAACGUAGAGAAAAAUGAGAAGCAGACAGGACAAAGCAAACAGAAGGGAAAGAGUCAGCAGGAGCAGAAACAGAAUCCGAUGGUGUUUGGGCCUCAAACACUUUCAAAGGCUGACCCCGGAGGCUCUAGCGUCGACGCGGAGCAGACCCUGGGGGCUCAGCAGUCUGGCAGCGAGAAGGACUCGACGGCAGAACAAACCCCCGACAAGGGAAGUAAACAGGACAGCAAGGAGCCCAGCACCCAUGAUGAACCGCCCCCCAAAAGGGUGAACAAGAACAUUCCUGCGGGCCCUUCUGAAGACAAACAAGAGGUUCAGAGUGAAAAGGAGGCUUUAGCAUUAGAGGCAAGAACUCCGAUUCAUUCUGGGGACGCUCCAGGUAUCACUGUUGAGGGAGAGAGCAAUGCACUGAAAUCAGCUCAGGAUCAGACUCUCAACACAGCACCAGCUGACACUCAGACUCCCAUCUCAGAAGACAGCAAGAGUGAGAGCAAGACAGUAGCUUCUCAGGCAGGUUCAGGCAAAGGGAACAAGGCAACAAACCUACAAAAUGAAAAUACUGAAAAGAAAGGCUCAAAGAAAAAGAAAGACUUUGACACCAAUAAACCACCUGCAAUGGACCAGAAUGCCAACGUAGAGAAAAAUGAGAAGCAGACAGGACAAAGCAAACAGAAGGGAAAGAGUCAGCAGGAGCAGAAACAGAAUCCGAUGGUGUUUGGGCCUCAAACACUUUCAAAGGCUGACCCCACAGGCUCCAGCGUCGACGCGGAGCAGACCCUGGGGGUUCAGCAGUCUGGCAGCGACUCGACGGCAAAACAGACCCCCGACAAGGGAAGUAAACAGGACAGCAAGGAGCCCAGCACCCAUGAUGAGCCGCCCCCCGAAAGGCUGACCAGGAACAAGAACAUUGCUGCACGGGACAGACUCACAAUUUACUUUCAUGCAGUUCUCUCAAAGGAUUUCAAAUUUGAUCCUGCAGAAGAUCUUAUCUUCAUCAGGGCUGGGCGCUCCAUUGGAACAUGGAACGAAAAUGCAGUUGAGCUGUCUGUGGCCAGGGAUCUUGGAGAACAUGGUUUUCUGGUUGAGGGCAGGCUGCCUACAAAGAAAACGGAAGCUGUAUCUGUGUCAAUACCGUACAAAUAUGUUGUCUAUAACAAAAAAAAGGACAAAUACGAGCAUGAGUACAUAUACAAACUGGAUUCUACUCACCAGAUUACCAACAGGUGUUUGUUUGUGAAACCCGGCCUUGUCACUGACGACGGGGACUGGCAUCAAUAUGAUGACAUCAUUUGUGCCGAGCCAUCGAAGAACGUGCUGAAGCGCAUUAAAGAAACUUUCUGGCCUGACCAAAGGAAGAAUCUGAUUGAAGGCAGAGAGAUCGCAGGGAACAUCAUGCUGGAGUCCAUAUUUGAUCUUCUCAGGAGCUGGACUGAUAUAAAUUUGAGAAGUUUUUUGAUCCAGCUGAAUCAGUUCUGUCAAGUUUAUGGAGAUCCUUUUGUGUAUGAAGAAAAACAAAAGAAGUGGCUCUCCUUAGAAUAUGGGGAAGAGGAUGUGAGAAGGAUGCUGAAAGAAUUCAUGCUGACAAAGGUUAUUCCUCUGAGGAAGGAUGGAGGUGGGGAGAUGCUCUACACUCAGGAUCGCAUGAGAGCAGCUGUGAUCAUGCUAUAUGUAUGGAGACAGCAUAAACUCAGACUGGAACAUGGUGAACUCAAUCAGCUCUGCAAUAUGCUCUGUUUACCCAAACGGAACAAAGAAGAGUUUCUCGGUUACUGGGCAGAGUUUUCUCAGGAUGUCGCUAUUCUCAACAAAAAUCUGACAGAUAUGUUGGUGUAUCUGAUAAAAGCUGUGAAAACAGCAGGAAUGCCUCGAUGGAUUCUGGUCCUGCCGCUCCUCCACCUUCUCAAAGGCAACACGAAGCCCUUUGAAGUACCAACUUCUGGAAACUCAAAGUAUGGUUCAGCCUGGGCAGGUUUGGAAGGCCUUGACAUUGGCACCUCAUUAUCAUACAUGGGCAGUCAAGACAGGAAGUCUCUAGUGAAUCUGAUGAAAAGCCACAGUCACUUGAUGGAAGUGGAUGCACUUUUUGUGCGAUCCUGCAUGUUCCUGAUCCCAUUGGAUGAUCUGAUGGAGUGUAACCUCAUUGACAUUGAGCUUUUGGACAUGCUUCAUGUUUUCACUAACAAGGCUCCUCUGGAUAUUACGAGCAGUAACUACCAGGAAGUAUCUCACAUUCUCUCACAUAUCCAAGGAAAUCUUGUCGAAGAAAAAUACAGUUUGUUCACCGAGGCGUAUAGGAAAGAGUGCCUUGAAACAGCAGUGAAACUGUUAGACAAGCUCUGCAAAGGAGUCAAACCGGCAUAUACCCAGAGCUACCCGGAUAUUCCUGUCAUUUGCAUGAAUCUGGUUGCAUCAGUGUCAGACUUUGUUCAUUGUAACAAUCCACAGCAAGGAGAAGGAGAAAAAGAGCAGCAAUAUGUAAAAGACUGGAUCUCUCAGGCGAAGGACAUUAUGAGAGGCUGGAUCAGUCGAUACUACAGACAGCGUCUGCUCAACAGGGCAAUGUUCUCCAUGUACACCAGAGUUGAAGCCACAGCAGAAACAGAAAUGUGGAACAACAUCAUGUCCAUCCAAUUCAAGGAUAAAGAUUGCACACAAGUAUGGAGAGAGACAUUCACAAUGGAUUUUGAGGGCAAAUACAAACUGGAAUCUGCUGUGGAUCAAACUGAGUUUUACUGCACAAAGAUAGAGGAACUCAGUAAAUCCUAUCCACUCGUUGCUGCUAGUGUCGAGAGGUGUGCUCUUGAGGCUGUUACAUCUUUAUGCCAGACUAAGUCUGAGGGGAAGCUGUUGGAGAAGUUCAAGGUAAACUGGAAGUUCGGGAAACUCAUAUCAGCCAUUAUCGAGAAAUCCUGGCCAAAGGACCGUCAUGGAAAAUAUCAGGAAGAUGAACAAUUGGUCCUUCAGCACCUACUCUCCUGGACUGCCGCCAAAGACUAUUUCAAACUACAUGGCGCAGAUGAAAAGCUGAUCAAUGAACUCUCUCAAGAUGCCAGGGACCAAAUCGCCAUUGCAAUAUCAUCAUUCACAGCCAUCAACAAUCAACUGGUCCAUGGAACCAUAAAGACCAGCCUGCUGAAAAUCAUUUUGGACAGGAAAACCGCCUUCUUAGAUCUGCUGAAGAUUGAAUGCCUCUCUGAGAAUGAACAAUACAGGGAUAAUGACAAAAUGAGGAGACUGUUACAAUGCAGAGAGGCUGAAUUGAACGAUGUGUACCAUGAGAAGGAGCUUGUGGACAUUGUCUUAACAAUGAGCCACAAACUUGGGGAACAUAUGACAGUUGAUCUUGAGGACAUGGAAAAGAGAAACCAGGUGAACGUGGAAUCGAUGCCGCUGAACGAUUUUAUGGAGGUUCAUCCAUUUGAACAGCUGGCCACACCUAAAGCGGGUGUUGUCACCUACUUUAAUCUGGGUGAAGAAAUCAAAAACAUGGGCGAGAUCCUGUUCACCUUCAGAGACAGUCAUAUAUUCAAAGUGUGUUGGGAGAAUCAAGCCAAACUCAUGGUUGCAGAAGAAAUGGCAGACGCCGACCCUGGUGCACUUCAAAUAGCGGACAUUAAUGCAACACCAGAAAUGAUACACAAUGACAUUUUCGAGCCUUGCUAUGAUGAAUACAAAGGCAUCUACACUCGUCUGAAGAAUAGCAGUAUAAGGCUCGAGGAGGUAAACCAGCUUUUCCAUGAUUACAAGGGCAGGUACGAAGAGCUUGCAAAGGACCUGGACAUCAUGUGCAGAAUUGAUAAAUCCACUGACAAACAGUGGAUCCACAGCAGGGUUCAACAGAUCGAGCAGUAUCACGAACUUCAUCUAGCUGUGGCCUCGGCUCAAAUUAUCAUGAAGGUCAAAGAGGCGCUUUGUCUCCAGGGGGACUUCAGGGUUCUGGAGACACUCACUGAAGUUAGCCAUGCAGACUUCCAGAACGAGCCGCUCAAUCGGAUUGACAAUCACUUGAUCCAGGCAAAGAAAGUGCUGGUGGACAUCACUGAGGCUCGCAGACUGUGCCUGCAGGAGCUGGGACUCCGAGGACACUUUGUAAACUGGGUUAAAGAUUCACUUGAAGAUAUCAAUGAGUUGAAGGUGUUCGUUGACCUGGCUUCUAUCUCUGCGGGAGAGAAUGACAUGGAUGUGGAUCGUGUCGCCUGCUUCCAUGAUGCUGUCCAAGGAUAUUCUUCAAUGCUUUAUGAGCUCAAACAAGAUGCUGGUUUCAACAUCUUCAAAGACGUGCUCGAGAAGCUCUGGAAAGCUUUGAAGAAUGACAGCAAACUACCAGAUAAACUGCGGGACAGUGCACGGCAUUUGGAAUGGCUGAAGACUGUGAAGGACAGUCAUGGAUCGGUGGAGCUGUCAUCUCUUUCCUUAGCAUCAGCCAUCAACAGCAAGGGUAUCUACCUCAUCAGUGCACAAAAUGUAAAAAAGUUGAGUCUUGACUCCGCCUUGAAGCUGCAUAUUCCAGAGGAGAAUGAUGAGGGUCAGAGGAUGCGCUGCUAUUCUCUUGAGGACCUUCGAGAGCUGCAGAACAAACUUAUGCUCAUGUCUGGCAAAGGGGAUCAAGGGCAGAAUGAAGUUGAUCAUUUUGCAGAGGUUUUUGCUAGUGUUCAAAGACUAGCUGAGGCAUUCAUUGCCCUCUACACUGCUGGGAAUCCUCUUUUCAGGCACUGGGAAGCACAGAUCAACUGCAGUUUGAGCAGUAAGGAACCCAGCAUUAUGAUGGACUUCAACCUGGGCAGUGUUCUCAGUGUUGUCAUUGUGGAGGGCAGCAUAGUAGAGCAGCUUCCUAAAUUUUGCAAGAAAAUUGAGAAAUGCCUAGAUUAUUGGAUGAACUUUGUGGACAAACAGAGGUCCGAGCAUUACUACCUGAACUACUACACAGCCGAACAGAUUGUCUACCUCUGCAGCCAGUUGACUCAGCAAAAUGUGGCCCAAAUUGAGGACCAAGUUCUCAUGAUGCUCUCAUUUGUCAAGCCAAAUUGCACAGCUUCAGACUUGAGGCAGGUCUGGCAUACACUCCAGUAUGAGAUCCUCACCAAACCACCAGAGCAAAAUGAAGAAAUUGAGUUUCAGACUUUUGUUAUCGUGCCAACAAGUGAGCUGGGAGACACAGACGUUGCCAAUGAGAUGGAUUCUCUCAGUCUUGUGGUCCGAGCAAAUGGUGUGCAAAUAUUCUAUCAGAUAUGGAAUGCUUAUAUGAAAGACAUGACAACGUAUCUUCCACACAUUCUUGAUAUACAUAGUCUUGGAAGACUGUUGGAAUUACUAGCCAACAAAGAAGAAGAUAGUGAAGAAGAUGAGAGUGAUGAAGACAUUUCUGAUGAUGACACCAGACAUCUUAUACUGAGGCAGCUACCCAAAGGCAUGGCCGCCGGAAAUCCAAACCUCAUUGUUUGCCCGCACGAUGAGGUGUUGACAUCUUGCAUCUCCAUUUACAUGAGUAGUGAAGCAGAGUCACUUCCCACCUAUGAUGAAGUCCUUCUGUGCAACUCCUCAACAUCGUACGAACAGGUGGAGCUAUUCCUCAGACGCUGUCUCAGCCAAGGGUACAGGGGACAGAAGAUAUACACUCUGCUGUACGGAGAUCUGCUCACUUAUGAUGUGAGCUCUAAAGUUGAGAACUUUUUUCAGAGAAGGAAAAUGCAGAGCCGAAAAGACUAUAGACUUGUCCUCAUCUGCAGCUCUGAAAGAGAACAUGCCUAUCUUCCUUCAGCCUUCAGCCAGUACAGAUUGCACAUGGUUCCCCAGGAGCCAUUGGACGGGAUCGAGAGAUACCUCCACAAACACUACGUUGUUCCAGCAGAUCAGUGCAGCGCUGCAGCUGUGUUCAAAGACCGCCUGCGCGUCGGUGUUGUGUCAUCCAAAAGGGCUGGUGUUGGCAAAUCUCUCUACAUCAAGAGGCUGUAUGAAAAACUGAAACACUCCACCAAAAAGCCAUCAAUGAUGAAAUGCAUUCGCCUGAUCGAACCAAAUGUUGACGAGAAUGUCAUCCUUCAAUCUUUGUUGAACACCCCCAAAGGUGAAGAACUCACGAUGUUCCAUUUUGACGUCACAUCAUCGGUGCAGAAAGGUCUCCAUGAGUUUCUUUUCAAAUUGUUGAUCCUGCGCUAUUUGAUGGACUCUGAGGGAAAGACGUGGAAGUGCAGUGACAAGCAGCUGUAUCUCAUUGAGAUGUUAGAGCCGACUGUCAUGUCAACUAGAAAUGUUUCACGGCAGGCCGAAACUUUGAAAAGCACAUUCACAGGUGUGUUUCCAAAUAUUUUCUGCCGACCACCCAAAGAAGUGCUAAUGUUGGAGAUCAAGAAGCAAGGUGAUCCUUCUUUUGAGACCAAUGAAGAACCACUAAUGGAUGAAGAAGAAUACAGGAGUGCAGCCUUUCAGCGGCCAUACCAGUAUCUCACACGGUUUCAUAACCACAAUGAUCUUGAUUUGUUCAAAUACCAGGAUGUUGAAGGGUCACAGGUUGAAUGCCUUCAGAUGCUUCUCAUGUUCUGUGGAAUGAUGGAUCCAUCCUGGGCAGAGCUGAGAAAUUUCGCAUGGUUCCUCAAUCUUCAGCUGAAAGACUGCGAGUCAUCCGUCUUUUGUGACCCUGAGUUAACAGGAGACACUGGAUUGACUGGUUUCAAAACCUUUGUGGUGGACUUCAUGAUUCUGAUGGCAAAAGACUUUGCCACUCCAUCACUAAGCAUCUCUGACCAGAGUCCUGGCAGGCUGCAGAUGGACAUGACUGGUGUCAAAGACGAAGACUUGGCUCCUUUUCUGAUCAGAAAGAGAUGGGAAACCGAACCACAUCCAUACAUCUUCUUUAAUGAUGACCAUGUGUCCAUGACCUUUAUUGGCUUCCAUCUUGUGCCCAAUGGCCCGAACUCUGUUGAUGCCAUCGAUCCCACUUCUGGAAGGGUGAUAAAAAAGAAUGUCAUGACAAAUACAUUGUAUGAAGGCCUCAAACUACAGAGAGUCCCGUUCAACAUGGACUUUGAUCUCCUUCCAAGAGGAGAGAAAAUAGAGCGACUCUGCAAUGUUCUUGGUAUCCAGUGGCCCCUUGACCCUGAUGAAACCUAUGAGCUUACCACUGAUAACAUACUGAAGAUGUUAGCAAUCCAUAUGCGCUUCAGGUGUGGCAUCCCUGUCAUUAUCAUGGGAGAGACGGGUUGUGGUAAGACGAGGCUCAUUAAAUUCCUUUGUGAGUUGCGAAGGAGUGGAGUGGCCACUGAGAACAUGAAACUGGUCAAGGUGCAUGGGGGCACAACUUCUGAGAUGAUUUACACCAAGAUCAGAGAAGCUCAAGACCUUGCUUCUAUCAACAAGGGAGACUAUGGAUUUGAAUCUGUUCUCUUUUUUGAUGAAGCCAACACAACCGAUGCCAUUAGCAGUAUUAAGGAGGUCCUCUGUGACAAGACGGUCAAGGGGGAAAGUUUGACAUCCGACUGUGGAUUGCAGAUCAUUGCAGCAUGCAACCCUUACCGAAAGCACACGGAUGAGAUGAUUCAGAGGUUAGAAUCUGCCGGCCUUGGGUACAGAGUUCGGGCUGAAGAGUCAGAUGAAAAGCUUGGGUCCAUUCCCCUCCGCCAGUUAGUCUACAGAGUUCAAGCAUUACCACCAAGCAUGAUUCCUCUGGUGUGGGACUUUGGACAGUUAAACGAUCAAACAGAGAGAAUAUACAUCCAGCAGAUUGUGCAAAGAGUGGUUGAAAAAAAGGCCAUUCCUCAAACUUGCAUCAAGUGCAUCACUGAUGUCCUCUCAGCUUCACAGAAGUACAUGCGGACAAAAAAGGAUGAAUGCAGCUUUGUCAGCCUGAGAGAUGUCGAACGCUGCAUGCAGUCUUUUGUUUGGUUCUACGACAACCACAUCAAGUUGUUUGCAGAGCUUAAAGAUUUUGAGAGUAAACAGAAAGCUGAGAAGAAUGAAAGGCAUCACAGACAGCAGGAGGUCAGAGACCCUGUUCUCUGGUCUCUAGUCAUGGCCAUUGGAGUGUGCUACCAUGCCUGCUUAGAGAAAAAGGACAAAUACAGACAGAAAAUCAGCAAAAGCCUACCAACACAAUACAGCCCAGAAAAAGUCAUGCAGGAAAUCACACUAAUGCAGGAUUUGCUUUUGAGCGGUGUUCCAAUGGGGGAUACCAUUGCGAGAAACAGUGCACUGAAAGAGAAUGUCUUCAUGAUGGUCAUCUGCAUUGAGCUCAAAAUCCCUCUCUUCCUAGUUGGGAAACCUGGCAGUUCAAAAUCUCUGUCUAAAACUCUUGUGGCUGAUGCAAUGCAGGGCCAAGCUGCUCAUUCAGAUCUCUACAAAGGGUUUAAACAAAUCCAUUUGGUCUCCUUCCAGUGUAGCCCUCAUUCAACACCAGAAGGCAUCAUUAAUACAUUCAAACAAUGCGGACGCUUCCAGGAAGGGAAGAACCUGGCGGAGUACAUUUCAGUUGUGGUUCUUGAUGAGAUUGGGCUGGCUGAGGACUCUCCAAAAAUGCCACUGAAAACCCUCCAUCCACUGCUAGAAGAGGGAUGCAUUGAUGAUGAGCCACUACCACACAAAAAGGUUGGAUUCAUUGGCAUCUCAAACUGGGCUUUGGACCCUGCAAAGAUGAACAGAGGCAUUUUUGUCUCCCGUGGUGACCCUGAUGAGAGGGAACUCAUUGAGAGUGCUAAAGGCAUAUGCAAAUCCGAUGCAAUGGUUUUGGAGAAAGUCAGGGAUUUAUUCCAGCCCUUUGCAAGAGCCUACUUGAACAUCUGCCACAAAAAAGGCAAAGGCUUUUUUGGCCUACGUGACUAUUACAGCUUGAUUAAGAUGAUUUUUGCAGUGGCCAAGGCUUCUCAAAGGAAGCCCACUCCAGAAGAAACCAUAAAGGCAGUGUUGAGAAAUUUCAGUGGAAAGGAUGAUGUUGACGCAGUUUCCGUCUUUACCAAAAGACUGAAUUUUCCACAGGACCUGGAUAACAUCAGUGCCAUUGAGUUUGUCAAAGAAAACAUUCAGUCGGUUGGACAAGAAGAAUGUCGUUACCUGCUGGUACUGACAAAAAACUAUGCAGCGCUACAAAUCUUGCAGCAAUCCUUCUUUUCAGAAAAUGGUCAGCCAGAAAUAAUCUUUGGAUCCAGUUUCCCAAAAGACCAAGAGUACACCCAAAUCUGCCGCAACAUCAACAGAGUAAAGGUCUGCAUGGAGACAGGUCAAACGGUUGUUCUCCUAAACUUGCAAAACCUCUAUGAAAGCCUGUACGAUGCCCUCAACCAAUACUAUGUUUGGUUGGGAGGACAGAAAUAUGUGGAUCUUGGACUGGGAACCCACCGUGUGAAAUGUCGGGUGCACAGGGACUUCCGGCUGAUUGUCAUUGAGGAAAGAGAGGUUGUCUACAAACAGUUUCCAAUACCUCUCAUCAACAGGCUGGAGAAACAUUACAUGGACAUCCACACUGUCCUUAAAACCGAGCAGACGAAGAUUGCGAAAGAACUGGAGGGAUGGUUGAGACUCUUUGUCUCUCUCAGCAAUCAACACGCAACAGCAGCUCAGGCUUACAAGUACCAACCGCCAGACGUCUUUAUCGGCUACCACUCAGACACAUGUGCUUCAGUGGUACUACAAGUUGUGGAAACGCAGAAGGGCAGUUUGGACAUUUCAGAUCCUGAGAGGAGAGUACUGGACGAGGCAAAACUCAUACUGCUCAGAUGUGCCACACCAGACUCAGUUGUGCGGUUGGACUGCACAGGCCUUCCCAAAGUGGAGAGUGAAAAUCUGGCCAGAGUUUACUUCGAAGAGCAGAAUAACAGCUGCUUAGCCGACUUCAUUCUUGCACACACAAUGCAGGAAGUCCAUUGCCACUCCUUCUUCACAGAGGUGACGACAUUCUCCAGACUUCUGACAGCUUCUGACCUUGAUACACUAGAACAAGUGUUGAAUAGUGUUGAGCUUCUGUCACUCCAGCAGUUUGACACGGAGUACUCGUUCCUGAAGAAAAUUAGGAACUUCCUCACAGCUGAUAAUGGCAGCAGUAACACUGGACCCCCCAACAAGAUCCUCCUCAUUCAGAGUGAUUUCGACGAAGCCUCUCACAGUGCCAAUCUCAUUGCAUCUGCAAAAUAUUCAUCCAUGAAUGAAAUCAACAAGAUAACUCACGAGAGCAACGGAAGCAGGGUGUUUGUCUACUUUAUCACCAGACUGCCAAGAAUGGAAGGAGGGACUUCCUACAUCGGCUUUCAUGGAGGCCCCUGGAGAUCAGUUCACAUUGAUGACCUCAGACGGUCAAAGGACAUUGUUUCAGACAUCAAAACCUUGCAAAACAUGACAAUCAGUCAAAUGUUUGAAACAAAGAUGAGCCAGCCUGAAGCCAUGGAGGUGGAUGACAUGUAUACUGAGAAUGAGCAUGAGGAAGCAGAGGAAAAUGCAGAGGAAAAUGGCUGGAAAAACGCUGUGGACACGACAGCGCUGGUGCGGAGCUGUGUGCAGAGUGCAGUCGGCAUGCUCAGGGACCAGGUGGAAGGUGGCCGCAGUACUCGAAGAGUUGAGAUCCUGCUGACACUCCUCAGUGACAACGACGAAGUAAAAGGGGAAUUUCUGCAAACUGUAAAGAAGCAUCUUCACUCAUUGCUGGCGACUCAUGAUGGUUUAUCCAUCAAAAGCAACUGGGUUAUUAAGGAGGCCUCAAACAUUGACGCAUUGCAAGAGGGAGGCACUUUCAGGCACACCUUAUGGAAGCGCGUUCAGGCUGUGGUCAUUCCCCUCUUGGCUCAACUGGUUUCAGUCAUUGACCGUGAUCAAAACAUGAACAUCCUACUCGAUGAAAAGUGUGGUGGAUUUGUCAAGAGGCUUUGGUUAGAUAUCUUUGGCAAUGAUAAGCUGCUGGAAAUCCCACACCUAACACUGGACCCCAACUCUGAGACAAAAACAAUCCUGGUGCAGAACUACAUUGCCCAAGACAGGAACAUGAGCUGCAGCAUGCCCUUCAGCUGGAGGAUCAAGGACUACCUGGAGGAACUCUGGGUUCAUGCCCUUCAACGUGAAGGCCAAACCCAACAAGAUUUCGAUGAGUUCUUUUGGAAGACACCACUGGGGCGAUACAUUGAGAAAGCAGACCGAGAGAUGCAGACAGAGUUUUUCCAACGCUACCUUCAGGAUUUCAUCUCCAUGACAAUGAACGUGACAUGUCAGGAAGAUUUGGAGCUCCUGUGUGGUGCCCUGAACUGUUGCGUCAAUGAGCUGCGUUUGCAGCUCAAUAAUACGGAUACAGUGACAUCUCUUCCAUGGGUCCAUGCUGCUUAUCAUAAGUUCAAGAACCGACUUCAGAACUUCUCCAGAAUGAUUUGCAUUGAGCCCCAGGUGACCCAGCAUCUGUUGAAGAAUCAUCAUACCAGAGACGGGGUUGAACUGGUUCUUGAUGUGUAUGCUGCUUUCGCAUGUGUGGAGUACCUGGAGCCUGGAUCCCUGGACACAGAUGCCCAAAGACAAGACUGGCUCAGACAGGUCAAAAAACUCCAUGUUCCCAUUGAGUUGAUCUGCUCUGAGGACAGUGUGAGAAGCUAUGGAGACAGGUGCAAGGCUAUUGUCCACAGAGUACAAGCUGGAUGGAAUCGGAUAUUCUCUCUCUCUCUGUUUGUGGAACAUAUGUUGUUGGGCAUUGAGCUGGUAGAGCAGAAGCUGACACCUCUGCUUUUGAAGCAUACAAAAGGGCUUUGCCAGAUUCUGGAAAAGAAUGCAGACCUCAAAACUCAGGAGUCCUUUGAGGCAGUAAUCAGUUUGCUCAAGAACUGCAAAGAUGGAGCCAUUGAAUGCAUCUUCAGGUUUGGUCUUACGCUGUGCCCAGUGUGUAUGGGAGACGCCCAAGAUCCGGUCUGCCUGCCAUGUGAACACAUCUACUGUUUAGCCUGUAUCAGACAGUGGUUGGUUCCCGGUCAGAUGUACUGUCCCCUCUGCAUGCAGGCAGUUAACGACGACUUCCUCAUGGUUCCUUCAGAUGCCAUAAGGAUUCUUAUCAAACAACAUGCUCAGUUCAGGAAGCAGUGCAAUGCUUUCUUCAUUGACCUGGUGUCCACCGUGUGCUUCAAAGACAACUCUCCCCCCUGUUCAGCUGUCAUUCGUCAUUUGCUGUCCUUUCUCAUGGUGGAGGCCAACCAUGUUACAAUUCUCGGAGUCAAUCGGCAAAUUCUGACAAAGGUGCUCUCUCCGUUUGAUGACUCUGUGGAUAAGAAUCCAGUGGUUCGGUCAGUGGUGCUCAAACUUCUGAUGAAGUACAGCUUCGAUGAAGUUAAAGGUUACCUGCAGCAGCAUCUGGUGGCAGUUGAGCAGAGCAACAUCUUGGAGGAGUCGGACAAAACUGAACUCUACUCGUUGUACUUGAACUGCCUGGAGGAUUCCAUGUUUGAAAGGUUGCAGUUCAGGUCCAUUGCAGACCAACAGCGGUGUCUGAAGGAUGAAAGUGCCUUCCUGACUGACUACCUGCAAUCACAUGACCAGUCUGCUGAAAAAGCCACUGUGGAGUAUCUGCAGCAAAUGGCCAGAGUGCGUAUGGACCUGGAUAUGGCUGCAACCCUCAUUAUGGAAAAACUCAGAAACCCUGCAGAGGCUAAGGAUAAUGGUCAAAGUGGAACCGCAGCCUUCCUGGCCAGUGUGGUGACCUUGUGUAGGCGCAGUGGAAACGACUGGUAUCGAGUCUACUUGAUCCGUAAGAUCUGCAGCCAACAUGGAGUGGAGUUUGUCCUGAAACAACUCAAAGUGGACGACAUGCGCUGGCUCUUCCCCGUGGAAGUGCUGCAAAAGAGUGAAGAAGCCACCCCAAUAGACCAGUUUCUUGUGUGUGGCGACGACUACAAGAUCAUCAGGGAUGCUGUUGCAAAUGGAAUAAUGGACUGCAAAGUGGACGGACUGGACAAGAUUUGUGAGGGGUGCAGAUGCUCACCACAGGGUAAAACAGUUAAUCUUCUGUUGGCGUUGUACAGGGAAGUCACCACUCUCUACAGAGAAGCCAAUGCUAGCUUCCACCCCAAGCCCAAGCAAUUGGAAGCCCUAAUGGCCUACAUCCAGGACUCCAAAGUCCUUGCCAGCCCACAGGUAAAGGCCUUUGCCAAAGCUCUGGUGACCAACCAGGUGGGGCCAUUGGUUGUUUGUCCCGGGGCUUCUGGUGCAAAGUGUGUUCUGACGGACUUAACCAUUCACCUGGCAGCUGUCUUGCUCAUCAGUAACCAGGGGAUCUUGGCCCCCCUGCAGCAGCUGGCCAUGACGCCUGCCAACAUGCAGGCAGCCUUCUUGCCAACUAUGCCUGAGGACAUGUUAGCAGUGGCUCAACAAGCUAUGGGGCCGGUGCAGUGGUACCAUUGUCCAAAUGGUCACCCAUGCACCAUUGGAGAGUGCGGCCAGCCCAUGCAAACAAGUUUUUGUCCGGACUGUGGUGUUAAAAUAGGAGGAGACAACCACAUUCCUGUGACGGGAUUUAGAGUUGUUCAGUUGCAAGGUGACCGCACUCAGACAGGUCACAUCCUCGGUGACCACAGACGCAGGGACAAUCCAGACAUGUUGGACACAAAGAGCAUGUCCCCGGUUCCCUUCACCAUGGCCCGCAUGCUCAAUCACAUGGCCAUGCUACUGGGUGCCCACAGCUGCCCACAGUCUAUCUCGGCCAUCAUCAAGCCACCAGUCCAUGACCCAGCUGCAUUUAUACUUGCUCACCUGCAAAAGGACUUGACACAUCUCAUCAGAUCUCUGGGUAAAGGGACGGAUGACACAGUCAGCACUGUUCACCUGCUCAUCAGCAGCCUCAUGGAACCACAACAACAACAAACAUGGCCUGCUCCUUUUGACAAUCUGUUCUCCACCAAAGACGCUAGAAAUGGAUGGGAGAUGGAAGUGAGCAACACCAUCAUCACACCUCAGCUGAAGAACUUGGAUAGACGGCUUAAGGAAGUGAACAAAUUCCUCCAGGCUGAUUCUCGCGUCUCGGCCAAUCCAAUCAUGAAACUAAUGUUUGGAAAUCCCAGCCUCUUCUUGACCUCACUUCCCCAGAACUCUCUGAUCCACAGCUCUGCGGUGUGGAGCUGCCGGGAGAAAGUGUCUCUGCUGAGCCUCACUCACAUUGUGGAGCAGAAUGAUGGCAAAGACAUGCUGCCGGUGCUCUGGAGAUUUCUGCAUAGGGAAGCAGAGCUCAGACUAGUGAAGCACCUUCCUGAUAUCCUCACACUCCAGAGAGAUCUGGUCAAGAAGUUUCAAAACAUCACUGAGCUGACUUGUGGCACCAUUACGGAGUUCCUCCACAGUCAGAAAGCAGUUUCGCUGAAAACCUGGUAUGAUAAAUACAUCAAAAUCUUCCUAACAACCUGGAAUCAGCUCAGAGUGUCUUUGGCCACUAAUGGUGAAAUCAAGAUCCCAGCAGAGUUCUGCCAGAAUGACCUGGACCACAACAGUGACUUAAAGGUGCUGUUACCACGACGACAAGGCCCAGGCCUGUGCUCCACAGCUCUUGUCAGCUACCUCAUCGCCCUGCAUAAUGACCUGGUAUACUGUGUGGAUAAGCACACUGGAGAGGAGACCAGCUACAAAGUGAGUCCUGCCGAUUUGACUGAACUGCACGUAAUUCGGUACGAGCUGGACAGAGACCUGAUGCCCCUGGUUCUGUCCAACACCCAGUACAGCAUAGAGAAAGGCCAGGAGACUCUUCAUGAGUACGACUUGCCCAAGAUCCAGCAACAGAUAAUCUCCCGCUACCUGUUGGGCAAACCUCUAAUCACUCUCAAUGGCAUUCCAACACUGGUGACCAGACAUGACCGCAACUACGAGGUCAUCCUGAAGGAUGUAAAAGCAAAAGUCCAGCAAGAGCCUCUUCAGACUCUCACCCUGUCUGCCAUGGCUGGGGAGCUGCACUCCUACAGUGAAGUGUGUGAGGCCUUGUCCACACUGGAAGUGGCCCUCGGUUUCCUCGCCACGACUGGGGGAGAGCCUCUCAUGCAGCUGUCCUGCUACCUGGAGGAGGUGCUGCAGAUGGGGAACCAGAUGGCUCCACAUAUCUUCAAGGCCCUGAGCAUGUGCUGUCUUAAGCAUUGUGUGGCUCUGUGGCAGCUGCUGGCCUCACUCAAAUCAGAAAAUAUGCUACGGCUCAAGAGGGAUCCAUUUGUGGAAGUCUCAGUGAAGUACAAACAGGCCCUGAGCGAGGAGGAGCACAGGCUGCUCAUCGGCUUCUUCUCUAAGAGCAGCGCUGACAGUUUCCUGCUGGAGAUGCACGAGUUCCUGGUGCUUGUUCUUAAAAAGUCCAAUGCACCUGAAACCUACAGGCCUGACUGGAGCCUGAAAGACACACUGGUGUCUUACAUGGAGCGCAAAGACCUGGACACCCCCCCUGAUGUGGAGGAGCUAUUCCCGGGGGAGAUCUGUCUGUCCCAGUAUGUUGAAGCCUGGAAGUUCAUCGUGGCCUUCAAGCAGGAGCGCGGCCAGCGACAAUGAGAAUGUGAUGAAAGGGAUGAUUUUUUGUAUGCCUUCAUUGUGUGAUACUAUCAAAUCCCUAAACUUGAAGUUUACAAUCAUGAUGAUUCCACAGAAUUGAAGUCAGUGUUUUAUUUUACACAAAUAUAUGCAGAGCUGAUGUGCCUUUUUUAGAGCACUGCUGUUAAGAUUCAUAAUGACUCAAAAUAUAAAUAUCAUAAAGAUUAAAAAGUGUGCAGUUCACAUUUACAGCUCAGCUGUAUGAAGAUGUGAUCCUUGAAGAUGUAUUUAUUGUCUUCUAUUUUUCUAACCGCCAACAUGUUGACAGUUUCCAUACAGUUUAAAGUCUUCUUUCUUGCACUUUAGUUGUGAACAUGUCUGUCCCUAAGAGGCAGAGAACAAUCUAAAUUCUUCUCAGGAACAACAUGUGGAAUACCUCUGGGUUCUGAAAAUCACUUUGACUUGAGUAACUGUACUGGAAGUUCAGUAUAAUAUAUAUUUUCACUUUGCUUAAACCAAUUGUAUUGUAAUUUCCAUCCUUUUUUAUCACUCUUCAUUCAUGUUAUUUUGAUGUUCCUAGAAGUUGUAUUUUGCCUUUCUUCCACUUUUUUUAAUUCAUUUAUAGCAAAAGUUUCCUUAAGGUUAAUGACCUUUUCUUCACAUAACUGUUUUUAUGUUAUGUUCAGCAUAUUUACAGAAUACAAUAUACUCUUACUGUCUUACAUUCCUAUUUUGUUAUUCCUGAUAUGUGUGCAUGGUAAAAGAUACUGCUUAUAAUAAAUGAUUCCACCUUCUG